UAUAAAACGAACCUUACCCCGAAGACGUCUUGCAGCCUUUUGAGCUCAAUGAACUGAACUCUCCCAAGCAGCCAUGAUGAAGUGGGCCGUGGUUCUUUGCGCCAUGCUGGCACUCUCUGAGUGCUUCAUCAGCGUUCCUCUGAUCAAGGGGAAGAGUGCUCGUGAAGCACUGGAGGAGAAGGGUCUUUGGGAGGAGUACAGGAAGAAGUACCCUUACAACCCAAUGGCCAAGUUCACCCAGAGCUAUGCAGUUGGUUAUGAAUCCAUGACCAAUGAUGCUGAUCUUUCCUACUACGGCGUGAUCUCCAUUGGCACUCCUCCUCAGUCUUUCCAGGUUAUCUUCGACACCGGCUCUUCCAACCUCUGGGUUCCCUCCGUCUACUGCAGCAGUACUGCUUGCAACAACCAUGCUAGGUUCAAUCCUCAGAAAUCCAGCACCUUCCAGGCCACCAACCAGCCUCUGUCAAUCCAGUACGGCACUGGCAGCAUGACUGGCUUCCUCGGAUAUGACACUGUUUCGGUGGGCGGUAUCCAGGUUCCCCAUCAGAUCUUUGGACUGAGUCAAACCGAGGCGCCCUUCAUGGCCCACAUCAAGGCUGACGGCAUUCUGGGACUGGCCUACCCUCAACUGGCUGCCUCCAAUGCUGAGCCCGUCUUUGACAACAUGGUCCAGCAGGGUCUUGUGCAGGAUUACUUCUCGGUCUACCUGAGCAGCAACUCUCAAAGUGGCAGUGAAGUAAUUUUUGGUGGAUACAACCCCAAGCACUACACAGGUUCUCUGGUCUGGAUCCCUCUGUCAUCUGAGACAUACUGGCAGAUCACCAUGGACAGCGUCACCAUCAACGGACAGGUUGUUGCUUGCAGUGGUGGAUGCCAGGCUAUUGUGGACACUGGCACCUCCCUGAUCUCUGGUCCUUCCAGUGACAUCAGCAACAUCAACAGCUGGGUGGGCGCCACAGUGAGCAAUGGAGAUGCUUUGGUGAACUGCAACAACAUUGGAACAAUGCCUGUAGUGACCUUUAACAUUAACGGCAAUGCCUUCACCCUGCCUGCCUCAGCCUACACCCGUCAGUCUUAUUACUACGGCUGCCGCACUGGUUUCAGCCCGAGCAGCUCGAGCCUGUGGAUCCUGGGUGAUGUGUUCAUUAGGCAAUACUACACCGUCUUCAACAGAGCAAACAACUCUGUGGGUCUGGCCAAGGCUGUGUAAAAACACGCAAUGAAUGUCAAUUAAUGAUGCAAGAAUAACAGCAUAAUAAAGUGGUUAGUUCUAGUGAAUUCAUUGUACUUGAGUGUGAUUCAGUUAUUGUAUCUUGUUGCACUAUCAACACCUUUUCAAAUCAGUGUAACCUGUGCAAACUGAAAAUUUAACUUUCAUUUAUAGCAAAGAAACAUUACAGCAUUAAACUAAUUCUACAGCUAUAAGGCAAAAUGUUUCAAAAAAUACUCUAGCUUUCCUGGUCAUGGCAGGUGGUCACGUGGUUCCUCAAUUAUAGGUUUUUCCCCUUAAACUCCUGUAAUCGAUCAGAGGGUCUGGACUCACAGCUCUGUACCAUUCCUAAUCAUUUCUGUAUAAUUCCUAGUAUUUACUGAAUAAUCUACUUAUUAGUGAUUCCAUGAUUGCAGUGCCAUUUAGCCCUCGUAACACUUUUUCAUUUUUGAAUAUUGAAUAUAAAAAAAAAACUUUAACCAUUCAACAAAAUCCUUAAGCCAUCGCAGGAAACAAGGUUUCUGUGUUGAUAGGCUGAAUUUUGCUCUUAAAUGAGCAUAGAGUUUCAGGGUUUGAGAGAGAGUAAAGGGUUUGAGGGUUUUAGUUGUUGGUGUUGUUGUUGUUGUUUAGCAUAGAAUAAGCAAAAUCUAAAAUGUUGUUAUAGUGGACUGGGACAGUGCUGUAUAUUUUGUAGGUUUUAAUAAUGUUUUUAUUAUGUUAUAUACCCUUUAUACUGUUUAAAACGUCUUUUUUUCUUUUACUUUACAUGCACAUUUGUAAAUGUAAUAUCUGUGG